AUGCCUCCUAUCCCUGGAAAUGGGGCAUUCAAUCAGCCGCGCAUUGUCUGCUACUACCAGACCUAUUACCCAAACACCAGCACCACAUACAUCUCAAUGCUACCUCUGAUGCUUAAUAACUCGGGUAUAACACAUGCCAUUCUUGCUGCCAUCCACAUUAAUGGGGAGCCAAAUAAUAUAACCCUGAAUGAUCACUGCCCGGAGGAUCCCCGGUACCUGCCCCUAUGGGCAGAAGCACGCGUUAUGCAAACCCAGGGGAUCAAAGUCAUGGGCAUGCUGGGCGGAGCUGCGCGGGGGACCUUCGAACGGCUGGAUCAAGAUGCUUCUACCUUUGAGCGGUAUUAUGUUCCUCUUCGAGACAUGAUCCAGAACCACGCUCUCGAUGGCUUAGACCUUGACGUGGAGGAGGACAUGUCACUUGAAGGUAUUAUCCGAUUAAUCGAUCGUCUCAAGGCGGAUUUUGGGGAACAUUUCAUCAUCACUUUGGCACCUGUUGCCACCGCCCUGAUCGAGGGACUGCCGCACUUGUCUGGCUUCGAUUAUAAGGCACUCGAAGCUGCUAGGGGCUCGAAGAUUGCAUGGUAUAAUACCCAAUUUUAUAAUGGCUGGGGCGGCAUCGACACUACCGGAGUGUAUGACAGGAUAAUUGCAGAAGGAUGGGCGCCAGAGAAAGUUGUGGCAGGAACCUUAACCAAUCCUGGAAAUGGAUCCCAGGGUUAUGUGCCAAUGGACAAGUUAAGCGCGGUUCUGGGAACGUUAAUGCUAAGAUAUCCAACUUUUGGAGGAGUUAUGGGGUGGGAAUAUUUCAAUGCGUUUCCUGAUGUCCAUAGGCCAUGGCAGUGGGCUGCUUCACACCAUGCCCCGCCGCUAAUUCUCACCUUGUUGUUGGUGAACCUGACCGCAGUUUUCGUGAUUGUCACAGGUGAAGCGACAAAAAGCUCGAGAAGAGGUGGCACGACCGGAAACGCGCAAAAGGAUGCCAUAGCGACAAAACGAAGCUUGAGUUCGGGAAGUGGUGGCAAAGGCAAAUAUGAGAGGGCAGCAUCUUCGUUGUUCGUCCUUGCAACUGGUAUUCCGUCCACACGCGCGAGGUACACCAAUCUAGCUACAGUCGGGGUCAACAUUUUACUGGGCCUUGCCACACUUGAUGUCCUUCUUCGGGGCCAUUACAUGUAUCCCACGACCGAUUUGGCCUUUUCACGAGUUGGAUACGUGUCGCCAACGACUGCAAAAAUCCUCAUUCGCGAGCCCGACGCCGCACAACUUCCCAUCCGUACAUCCUACCGCGUAAUGGAAAAUGGUCGAGAGGGGGAGUUGAUUGACGCGGGAACAAUAGCUGUUCUCAACAAUGACACCGAUUACACUUACGCUGUUACGUUGACUGGACUUCAGCCCUCAAUGGACUAUCGAUACUCGUUCUCAAAUAACCUGUCCGGCCACUUCACCACCGCGGCAGCUCCAGGCUCCGCCGCGGCAAACAGACUCAGUUUCCUGAGCUCGAGUUGCAUGAAGCCGAAUUUCCCAUAUAAUCCUCUAAACCACCCAUUGCGUAUCUACGGCCUCGAGGUUAUUUCCAAGAUCAUGUCGAAACUCCCAUCCCUCUCACGACCCUCGUUUAUGCUUUUCCUCGGAGAUUUUAUCUACAUUGACGUACCCUUCCGCUGGGGAUCUUCCACCUCCGACUACCGCAGCGAAUACCGUAAAGUCUAUGCAUCCCCAUCAUGGCACAGCGGCCCAGAACCCGCAAUCAACAUCCCCUGGCUCCAUACUCUGGACGACCACGAGAUCGCCAACGACUGGCAUUUAGGAAACAUAACCGACCCUUAUCCAGCAGCAUUCGACCCAUACCGCCAUUAUCACAUGAGCGUGAACCCUCCCAUUGACAAAUCUCCAUUCUCCAUCCCUAUCAACACCACCUACUUCUCCUUCACAAAUGGCCCUGCUUCCUUCUUCAUGCUAGAUACGCGCACGUAUCGCUCAGAACCGUCACAGGAAAAUUCUACAAUGCUCGGCUCCGCGCAGCUAAAUUCCCUUCUUGCAUUUAUUUCUCGCCAGGAGCCCGCUGGUGUGGAAUGGAAAAUAAUCACUAGCAGCGUGCCGUUCACAAAAAACUGGCGCGUUGGCACGGAGGAUACAUGGGGUGGGUUCCUAGGUGAACGACGCCGGAUUUUCGACGCUAUCUGGCGCGCGGAACGGGAGUUGGGAAUCCGUGUCGUGCUCUUGAGUGGCGAUAGACACGAAUUUGGCGCGACGAGAUUUCCUGAUCCGUCCCUGUCGGCUACAACAGCGUCAAAAGCAGAGAAGGGCGGUAGCAUUAGCAUUGAGGAUGGAACAGGCAUUCAUGAAUUCUGCACUGGCCCGCUGAAUAUGUUUUACAUUCCCGCGGACUCCUACGUACAGACAGAUGAUGAGGAUGUCUUAAUCAAGUACCUGCCCGCUGGUAAUAACAAGGUGGCCCUAAUCAACAUCGACGUUGAGGACGGUAGGAAUUCGGUGUUAAGGUAUUCCCUGUAUAUCGAUGAAUAUCUGGUGUGGGAAUACAAGCUAGCUAGGCCCUUAGUGUGGGAGGAAGGGCAGAGUCGGAGAUUGCCGCCUGGAGAAGUGGCGUUUGACAAAUUUGGAGACGGGACCUUCGUGGAUAAAGUGCGGAGCGUUUUGGGUGAGGUUGAGGUAUUAGUGAAGCCUCUGAUCAAAUCGGCUGUGCGUGCGGUUAAGUGGUUAAUGCUGCGGGUGCUGCAGAGGGAGGUUGGGUCAGAGGUGUAG